AUGAACAGUCGGAGUGAAGGUGGUUAUAGUGAGAGUGAUGUACUAUCUGAAUCACAGUAUUUUUAUGAUAAUUCUUCCUGUGAGGAACUAAAAUCGGUUAUAUAUGAACCCGAAGACCAAAUUUUAUGGGAACACUUUAAAUACCAGUUCUAUGAACUAAAAGCUGGUAGGUUAGCAGAAUCUAAGUUUUUAUUUCCAGCUUUCAAACUUAUUGAAGACCAUGAAAAGGUUAAAGAUUUCAAAUCAAGGGUAAGGUUAAGGAACAAAAAAAAUUUUAGAACAUCAGAUCAAAUUAAAAUUGAUGUUGAUGAAGAAUCAAAAUUUGUCAAGAGUUAUAAUGAUUUUAACGAUAAUAUUUUUUCAAAUACAUUUAAUGGACAAGAAUACGUAUGUCCUGUGGAAAUUUGUAAAAAACCGUUUCCUACAAUGGGGAGAAUGAAAAGACACUAUAUAACACAUACUGAUAUUAAACCUUUUAAAUGCAGAAAUAGAGGGUGCGACAGGAGAUUUAGUCGAAAAGAUAAUAUGCUUCAACAUUAUAGAAUGCACUGUCAAUUUGGUAACAAUAAUUAA